CAAAUAAGGCAAUGACCCACCCACUCCAAUUAUCCCAGAUCAAGCCCAAGUCACAGCCGAAUCGAUCUGGGUUGUAGCCUUUUCGGAGCUAACCCAUAUUUUCUUUCUUAGCGACAACGGGUUCAGUCUCUUUUCAGGGUUACGGCUCGCAAUCCAACCCUAAACCUCCACGGACCCUCCGAUCGGACUGUCCCUGAAGUUCCACAUUGAGCUUCCGCGACAACCUCUUGCAGACCUUUGUAAAUUUCAAGCCUAUGAAAUGGAAUUAUCGAAUGACUUGGCUGGUAAGAAACCAAAGCGGUUGACAUCUGUGGUUUGGAAUCAUUUUGAGAGGGUCAGAAAGGCUGACAGUUGUUAUGCUGUUUGUAUACAUUGUAACAAGAAACUCAGUGGAUCAAGCAAUAGCGGAACAACACAUCUGAGAAACCACCUAAUGCGAUGUCUGAAAAGAUCAUCCACUAUUGAUGUGUCUCAACUACUUGCAGCAAAGAGGAGGAAAAAAGAUACUCCCCUGGCCCUUGCAAAUAUCAAUUUCGAUGAAGGACAGAGAAAAGAUGAUUAUAUUAAGCCAACAAUUUUGAAGUUUGAUCAGGAUCAGAAAAAGGAUGAAAUCAUUAACCUUGGAAGUAGUAAGUUCGAUCAGGAGAGAAGUCGGCUUGAUCUUGCUCGCAUGAUUAUAUUACAUGGUUACCCAUUGGCCAUGGUUGACCACGUUGGAUUCAAAGUAUUUGUCAAGAAUCUUCAGCCGACAUUUGACGUUGUGCGAAACGGUGCUGUUGAGCAAGCUUGUAUGGAAAUUUACGAGAAAGAGAAACUGAAAAUGUACGAGGCAAUAAAUCAAUUGCAUGGCAGAAUUAACCUUUGUGUUGAAAUGUGGUCUUCACUUGAAAAUGUUGAGUAUUUGUGUUUGACAGCACAUUAUAUUGAUGAGGAUUGGAAAUUACAGAAGAAGAUUCUGAAUUUUGUCACACUUGAUUCUUCUCAUACUGAAGACAUGCUUUCUGAAGUGAUUAAUAAGUGUCUAAUGGAUUGGGAUGUUGACCAUAAGUUGUUUGCCUUGACAUUUGAUGAUUGUUCCACAGAUGACGACAUUGUCCUGAGAAUUAAAGAACAGAUCUCUCAUAAAAGGCCUCUUUUGAGUAAUGGUCAGUUAUUUGAUGUGCGAUCUGCUGCACACGUUUUAAAUUUGAUUGUUCAAGAUGCUCUGGAAGCAUUGCGAGAGGUGACCCAAAAGAUUCGAGGAAGUGUCAAAUAUGUUAGAAGUUCACAAGUAACACAAGGAAAGUUUAAUGAGUUUGCCCAACAAGUCGGAAUCAGCAGUAAGAAGAACUUGCUUCUUGAUUGUCCAGUUCGAUGGAACUCAACAUAUAUCAUGCUUGAAACGGCCUUAGAAUACAGGGGUGUGUUUUCUCUUCUGCAAGAGCAUGAUCCUGCCUACACAGUAGCUCUAACUGAUGCAGAGUGGGAAUGGACCAGUUCUGUAACUGGUUAUUUAAAACUUUUUGUUGAAAUCAUAAAUGUCUUUUCUAGCAACAAAUUCCCAACUGCAAAUAUGUAUUUUCCUGAGAUUUGUGAUGUUCACAUCCAAUUAAUAGAAUGGUGCAAGAGUCCAGAUAAUUUUCUUAGUUCCAUGGCAUUGAAGAUGAAAGCUAAGUUCGAUAAAUAUUGGAGCAAGUGCAGUUUGGCUUUGGCGGUAGCAGCCAUCUUAGAUCCUCGAUUCAAAAUGAAGUUAGUGGAGUAUUAUUAUUCACAGAUUUAUGGUAGUACUGCUUUGGAUCGCAUCAAGGAAGUUUCUGAUGGUAUAAAAGAACUUUUCAAUGCAUACUCUAUCUGCUCAACCAUGGUUGAUCAAGGUUCCGCUUUGCCCGGUAGCAGCUUACCCAGUACUGGUAAUGACACCAGGGAUAGACUAAGGGGCUUUGACAAAUUUCUUCACGAGACUUCUCAAAGUCAAAAUGCAACAUCAGACUUAGACAAAUAUUUAGAGGAACCAGUAUUUCCUCGUAAUUGUGAUUUCAACAUCUUGAAUUGGUGGAAAGUUCAUAUGCCAAGGUACCCUAUCUUGUCCAUGAUGGCUCGUGAUGUUCUUGGGACUCCCAUGUCGACUAUUGCACAAGGGUCUGCAUUUAACUCUGGAGGCAGAGUGCUUGAUCAUUGUAGAAGCUCACUGAAUGCAGAUACUCUACAGGCUUUGAUAUGCACACAAGAUUGGUUGCGGAUUGAAUCAAGAGAUUUCAGUCCAUCCUCGAGUUAUAUCCUACCACUUGCCAUUGAAUCAAAUUAAUUUGUCUAGGGCUGACGGACACAUCGGCUCAUAUGAUAAUGUCUAAUUGUUUUUUACACUCGGGCGGUAUCCUAGAAGCUGCUGUGCCCUUACUGCUUACUUUGCCCGUCUAUUCUGCAUGUUCAUAUGUCGCAGCUAAAUUUGUUAUUACAGCUUCGAGUUAUGCAUCAAGAAGCAGUGUACAUUUUAGAAGACUUAGAUUCUGACAAUUAUGCUAAAUUAGAGGGACCCUCUCUCUCUCUCUCUCUCCAAGGAAAUCUGAUCCACUUUCUUUUAAUAAAUAUUUAAGUUUUAUUGUUUU